AUGCCAGGGAAGCUGCUUGGCCGGAUCUGGGAGAUGUCCUUCUCAAGCGAGGUUCGUCCAGGAUGCUCCAAGCAGGAGGUGACGUCCCUCCCAUGGGUGCCUCCCCCCCCCAGCUCCCUCCCCUCCUCCCGCAACUCCAGCGCCGAGGAAGCCGAGCCGGAGGCAGCGCUGAGCCGGAUAUGCAGCGACUCCCCGCAUCCCUCCUUGGUAGAGUGCGGUGACACCGCAGCAGCCACCACGGAGAGGACACAGGACCCCCCCUUGGGCCCACCGUGCCCCUUCGAGGGGGUGGCCUGGACCCCGAGACCACCCCAGGGCCCCCCACAGGGCUGCUUCACCUGCAUCGCCAAGCCCCCAGCUCUCCAGCAAGCCUCGCCCGUCCUGUCUCCCUCUUCCGCCGUCUAUCUCAUGGAGAGCAAGAGCUGCAAAGGGGACAGCCUGCAGCCCGCGGUCCCGUGCAAGCACUCCGUGGAGAAGAAGACAAUGACCAACCCCACCACUGUCAUAGAAAUCUACCCCGACACCACCGAGGUGAAUGACUACUAUCUCUGGUCCAUUUUCAACUUCGUAUACCUCAACUUCUGCUGCCUGGGCUUCAUCGCCUUGGCCUAUUCACUGAAAGUCCGGGAUAAGAAACUCCUCAAUGACUUAAAUGGAGCAGUUGAAGAUGCCAAGACAGCCCGACUUUUUAACAUCACCAGCUCAGCCCUUGCCACCUUCUGUAUCAUCCUUAUCUUCAUCUUCCUGCGAUACCCCCUCACUGACUACUAGAGUGAGGCCAACAGCAGUGGCCGCUGCCAAAAUGCCUCUAUGCCAGAAGUGUCUGCAGUUGUUUCUUGUAGCAAGAACUCAAAAAUACCCAACGUUCCACCUUGAUUGCAAAAAAACCCAACAAACAAACCCAAAACAAAACAACAAAAGCCAAUCAAAUACAUAAAUAGAAAUUGAAUGAGUUGACCAGCCCAGCUGAGCAUACCCUUCCUGCCCCCAAACAGUUUGUGGACUGCUGUAGAAAGGGUCUUGCUCUCACAUGUGCACAGGGAGAAAACCAGACUAAGAAAUAUUUAUAUUGUGUCCAACAAGCUGUGUGACAUGAGCGUGCAAAGCUGAGAGUGAUGCGCUCCUGGCAGCAGAAAGCUGAGCUCUGGGGAGCAGCUGGGUUCUGCCAAGCAGGAGGUGCAUGUUGUGAUGGAUGGUGACCACAGCAGGGCUGGCUCACAACAUAUCAGACAUGUUCAGACCACCCAUCACCCUUGAAGUACAGGGAUUUCUUUUUCUUUUCCUCUCUUGAGUUUAAUCUACUGGUUCAAAUCCCUGGAGAGCUCAGGGUGCUAGGAAGUUCAUGCUAGGGAGCCCCAAAGCCUCCAGAGAAACCCCAAAGCAUUAAAUGGCAGGUUUCUCCUCAGGAUUUCCUGGCAAUGCUGAGAAGGAAGGCACCUUCUGGAGAGCUUGCCUAAGCCCCCUAAACCGAGUGCUACUGUAUUUCCGUAAACGGUCAAUAAAGAUACCUCUAAUACCUGA